CUAAUUUCACUUCAGUCUUCAGGUUGCCAUAAAGAAGACCGAGAGGGGGCCCGAGCUGAUGGGCUUUUUUUUUCGUUAGCAUGCUUUUGUGGCAUCAUAGCAGGACUGCUUAUGUUUCUUGCAAGAGACAUACCUGGCUCGAUCGUUGGAGCUGUAUUUGCUAUGCUUCAAUGCCUUUUCGCUAGCCUUUACUCCUGCAGCGCUCCAUACUCCCUCCGCUACGGGACAAUUUUACAUCUGGAGAUGGGUACGAUGAGUCUUCUUGAGUAUUGUCAGAUGUUCGAUCAUCUUGCUGAGUUCGGCCAGGAUUUGGUGAACCCCACCAAACGUUGUUGCGAUAAGUUUGUGAAGGGCAUGUACCCGAAACUUCAGAAGCAAAUGUCUACUGCAUCUAGGCAAGACUUUGGUCUUAUGUACGAACAGGCCAAAGAAGUGGUUCGGACUAAAGAAGGCGUGAGUCAGAAGAACAACCAACAAUCACCUAAGACAGCUAUGCAUGCAGCUAGCACAAGUAAGACCCUCCCAGGGAAGAGACCCCUAAGCGGAUCGAAGCUCCAACUAUCGAAAAAGGAAAAGUCCGUGCCUACCCAAUCCGAGGCAUCUAACUACAGUCGGUUGGCAUCGAAAUACACUCGCGUUGUGAGAGUUGUUGGGGACAUCACCCAGGAGAGUGCUAGAAGACCCUAGGGCUUUGCAUGGGCUACAGAUAGACCUGAUCAAAGUGCGGGUAGGACCGGGUUUCGGGCCGGGCCGAGACACUACUUUACGAGAAAUUC